GAUUAUUUUUAAUUUAUUUUGGGACAACAAGCAACAAGAAAAAAAACUCCUUCAGGAUCCUUUGGAAAAUAGAAAAUUAAUCACAGAGAAAAAUUACAUGACAUAGAUUGUGCAGCAUAUUGUGCAUAACCGCAACUUUCGGCAAAUAAAAUUCCCUCGCGCAGCAGGAUUGUACAGUGGCACAGUGCGCUGUGAUGGGUUUUUCAUUGAAGCUCAAAACCAAAUCGGGCCAGCAGCAUAUUGUAAGCAAGCUGGCAGAGACGACGACCGUCGGUGACCUUAAGACGCGUAUCACCGAGCUCACCAACAUUCCGGGCGAUUCACUGCACGUAGUGCUUGGCUUUCCACCAUUCAAACCAUUGGACUUUUCCAACGAAGCCAGCCAGGUGUUAGCUUCCGGCAUUAGCAAUGGUGAUACACUAAUCGUGGAAGAGAAGUCACUGACGGAGGAAGAACGCAAGCAAUUAGAAGCAGCGAAACGGUUGGAGCAGGAUGAGAAGCUAGCAAAGGAACUGGCUGCACAGGGCAGUGAAAGUAGCGGCAUUCUGUUGAAGAAGGUUGUUCCUUCGGACAAUUCAUGCCUUUUCACGAGCAUAGGGUAUGUUAUCACGGGAAAGGUUGACCCUGAAAGCAGUCAGUACAUGCGACAGAUAAUCGCGAGUACGGUGAAUGCCGACAAGCACGAGUACAACGAAGGCAUCCUAGGUCGUCCAAAUGAUGAGUACUGUGCCUGGAUACUGCAGCCCGAAUCGUGGGGUGGCGCCAUCGAAGUUUCCAUCCUGUCCGCUUACUAUGGUCUCGAGUUUGACGUAGUCGACAUUACAAAUGCCAUCAUAAAUCGGUUCGGCGAGGACAAGAACUAUGGCAUGCGUGCAUUCCUGCUGUUCGAUGGCAUUCACUACGAUCCUUUGUACCUGGAAUCAACAAGUGGAGAAGCACCAAAGACGAUUUUCCCCAUCGAAGACCAGUCCGUGUACCUACAAGCGGAGCAAUUAGCCAAGGAAGCUAAAUCCGCCCGCCAGUACACGGAUGUGAACAAGUUCACCCUCAAGUGCAUAGACUGCGACUGCUUCCUGAAAGGCCAGGUUGAAGCACAACAGCACGCACAAAAGACCGGCCACAUCAACUUUGGCGAAGUUUGAACACGGCUGCUGUGUGUCCGUACGCGUUGGUCUGCGCGUCCGUAGCCUCCCAAAUUAUAAGCAAAUUUUCUUGUGUAGGUAUUCAAUUGGUGCAAUUUAUAGUUUUUUUUUGUUUCGGAAUAGUAGAAUUGGUUUUAUCCCUUGUAUCCCCUUCGUCGUUUUACGGUGGGCUUGGGUAAAAUCACACGCUUGCCUACGUAUGCGAUGAAGCACAUAACCCACUCAGGUUUGGAAAAUGCUCUUUUUAGCUCUUUUUUUGUGUAUUUAUGUUAACAAAUGAUGAAUAAACAUCACGUAUCAGUUCGCAAGAGUUUCGCAACAAUGCAA